ACGGCUACAUUUCCCUUCCCCUUCUCUCUCGCUCCUUUGUCUCCUCCUUCAUUUCCAAUCCAAAACCUCUCAAUCUCUCCCCCCCCUUCUCUCUCUCUCCUCCGAUUCUUCCCUUUUUCUCUCCCUAGAAUUCGCGGCCAUGAAGCACUUCAUGCAGCCAAGAAACGCGAUCUUGAGGGAGACGACGAUGGAGUCUCCGGCCUCGCCCAACCCUACCGCAGCCAAGCCCCGGCCGUCGCGAAAGCAGAGGGGCUCCAAGGAGAACGCUCCGCCGUCGGAUCCGAACACGUUGCCUCCGAUUCCGAAGCACUCGCCGGCGAUUUCUGCCGCCAAGUUGAAGAGCCCGCUACCGCCGCGACCACCGUCGUCGAACCCUCUCAAGAGGAAGCUCAACAUGGAGACGGUUCCUGAGAACUCCAUCUUUGGAACCUGCGAAUCUGGUGUCCAGGUAGUAGUGCGAAUGAGGCCAGCACACAAAGAGAAGGAUGAAGAAGAAAUGAUAGUUCAAAAAAUUUCUAAUGAUUCUUUGACAAUCAACGGGCAAACUUUCACUUUCGACUCGGUAGCGGACACAGAGGCGACACAGCUUGAUAUUUUCCAGCUUGUGGGAGCACCUCUUGUUGAAAAUUGUAUGGCAGGUUUCAACAGUUCCGUUUUUGCAUAUGGACAGACGGGAAGUGGAAAGACUUAUACGAUGUGGGGUCCAGCCAAUGCAUUGUUGGAUGCAAACAUUUCUAGUGAUCAACAAGGUUUAACUCCUCGUGUUUUUGAGCGUCUCUUUGCUCGGAUAAACGAGGAGCAAAUUAAGAAUGCUGAUAGACAACUCAAGUAUCAGUGUCAUUGUUCUUUUCUUGAGAUUUACAAUGAACAAAUUACAGAUUUAUUGGAUCCUAAUCAACGAAAUCUCCAGAUAAGAGAAGAUGUUAAAUCAGGGAUCUAUGUUGAUAAUCUCACAGAGGAAUGUGUACGUUCAAUGUCAGAUGUGAAACAGCUUUUAAUGAAGGGACUGUCAAACAGGAGGACAGGUGCAACUAGCAUCAAUGCUGAGAGUUCCCGCUCACAUACUGUUUUCACGUGUGUUCUUGAAUCUCGGUGCAAGAGCAUAGACGGUAUGAGCAGCUUCAAAACCAGCAGAAUAAAUCUGGUUGAUUUGGCGGGGUCAGAGCGACAAAAACUAACAGGUGCAGCAGGGGAACGAUUAAAAGAAGCUGGAAAUAUCAAUAGAUCACUCUCACAGCUAGGGAAUUUGAUAAACAUUCUUGCUGAAAUUUCCCAAACCGGAAAGCAAAGGCAUAUCCCCUAUAGAGAUUCCAGAUUGACAUUUUUAUUGCAGGAAUCCCUUGGUGGGAAUGCCAAACUGGCAAUGGUCUGUGCCAUAUCUCCGACACAAAGUUGUAAGAGUGAGACUUUCAGUACAUUGAGAUUUGCACAGCGUGCCAAGUCUAUCAAGAACAAGGCAGUUGUUAAUGAAGUUAUGGAGGAUGAUGUAAAUCACUUGCGUGAAGUAAUACGACAGCUACGGGAUGAACUGCAUCGAAUUAAGGCGAAUGGUGGCAGCAACCCCGUUGAAGCUAAUGGAGGUCACUCAGCAGCAUGGAUUCGCAGAAGUUUGCACCUAUUAAAGGCAAGCCUUAAUCGUCCAAUGACGUUGCCGCAUAUUGAUGACGACGGUGAUGAGGAGAUGGAGAUUGAUGAGGAAGCUGUUGAGAAACUCUGCAUUCAAGUGGAAAAGCAAUCUGCCGCAAGUGAAGAUAGCAAAAUUAUUGAUUUGAACAAAUUGGAAACAAUUACGUCAGAUGUGCACUCUGAAUUAAGAAGUUCUAAUGCUCCUCGGCAGUGUGCACCCGAAGGAGAAUGUACUAAAGAACAAGAUUCUGAGGACACAGAUGUGAAGAUGGAAGAGGGAAUAUCAGAACAAGAUGAGGCCAUGAUUGUUGAUUGUGAUGUAUCUGUUGCAGGAAACACAGAAUAUUCUAAAGGUAAUUUGCUGAAUUCUCAUUAUGCCCCCAAGGACAAUGAUCAAGCAACUGGCAUCCUGGAUAAGAACUCCUUUGAGCUGUCUAGUGAGGACAACAGUACUCUUAGCUCUUCUGUGAAUAAAAAGUUAAAUGAAGAACCGGAAAGCGGAAAGGAUGACUGUUUCUCAUGCCCGAAAUUGGAGCCUGUUAGUGAAGAGCCCGCAUGCAUACUAGUUGAAGAAAAAUACGAUGAGUCCCCUAACAGUUCUAUGAAUGGUGCAUCUCCCAGCAUUAGAAUAGUUCCAAGCGAGAUCUCACCAGUUCUUAAAUCUCCAACUCCAAGCAUUUCACCAAGAACCAAUAGCAGCAGGAAAAGUUUGAGAACUUCAUCUAUGCUAUCUGCGUCUCAAAAAGAUCCAAUGGAUAAGAGUAAGUUAAUCCAGGAGGCUGUGCGUAAUUCUUUAGCAAAAUCGUUGAAAGGGAGCUCUUCUAAUGAUCUAUUUACUCAAGCAAGUAAGAGUUUUCUUGCUCCAACUGAGCAUUUAGCCGCUAGCAUCCGACAUGGUCUUGAAAUUAUCGACAAUCACCGACAGAGUUCAGCUUUUAGGAGGUCAUCCUAUAGGUUUUCAUAUAAACCUGCAGAAUCUAAGAUUGUUUUGCCAAUUUCUAAAGUUGAUGUCGGUGUGCAAACUAUUCACGAUGUACAACCAGAAGAGCUGAUGGAAUUCACAUGUGGUAGCUGCAAGAGCAGAAUACAGCUAGAGGCUGAGGCCAAUGACAGUUCAAACCUGCAGUUAGUACCAGUUGAUGGCUUAGAGUUCACUGAAAAAUUGAAGAUUCAAGUUCCUAAAGCUGUGGAAAAGGUCUUGGCAGGGGCUAUCAGGAGAGAAAUGGCACUAGAAGAUUUAUGUGCCAAGCAAAAUUCUGAGAUAGUGCAGCUCAAUCGUUUGGUCCAACAAUACAAGCACGAAAGAGAAUGCAAUUCCAUAAUUGCGCAGACAAGGGAGGAUAAGAUUCUUCGUCUCGAAAGCCUUAUGGAUGGUAUUUUACCCACUGAGGACUUCAUGGAGGAAGAGUUAGUCCUUCUUAAACAUGAACACGAGUUGUUGAAGGAGAAGUAUGAUAAUCAUCCAGAAGUUUUAAGGACAAAAAUUGAGCUGAAGAGAGUUCAAGAUGAAAUGGAAAAUUUGAGAAAUUUUUGUGAUAUGGGAGAGAGGGAAGUGUUGUUGGAAGAGCUUCAAGACUUAAGAAGCCAACUUCAGUUCUAUGUAGACUCGUCGUCGUCAUCUCGAAAACGAAACCCUGUAUUACAAUUGACCUAUUCAUGUGACCCUAGUGUGGCCCCUCCUCUUAGUACAAUUUCAGAGUCAAAAGAGGAAACUGCUGAAGACAAAUUUGAACAGGAAAGAAAGAGCUGGACUGAGGUAGAAAGUAAGUGGAUUUCUCUUUCCGAGGAAUUGAGAAUUGAACUUGAGUCUAGCAGGUCACAGGCUGAAAAAAAGGAACGGGAACUAGAAACUGAAAAGAAAUGUGCAGAAGAACUGAAGGAAGCAAUGCAGCUUGCCAUGGAGGGACAUGCACGUAUGUUGGAACAGUAUGCAGAUUUGGAAGAGAAACACAUGCAACUUCUCGCAAGGCAUAGGAGGAUACAGGAAGGAAUAGAAGAUGUCAAGAAAGCAGCUGUUAAAGCAGGGGUUCGGGGUGCAGAGUCCAAAUUUAUAAAUGCCCUUGCAGCUGAAAUUUCGGCAUUAAAAGUGGAAAGAGAAAGAGAGAGAAGGUACCUUAGAGAUGAGAACAAAGGUCUUCAGGCCCAACUAAGGGACACUGCUGAAGCUGUUCAGGCUGCAGGUGAAUUACUUGUGCGGCUCAAAGAAGCAGAAGAGGCUGUUGCUACUGCCCAGAAGCAAGCUAUGGAGGCUAAGCAAGAAACUGAGAAAGCCUACAAGCAGAUGGACAAAUUGAAGAAAAAACAUGAAAAGGAAACUCUCCAUGAUCUUCUUGCCGAGUCUCGUUUACCUAAAGGGGCAAUAAGGCCUGCUUUUGAUGAUAUGGCAAAAUACAACAUAGAGGAGCCUUGUGAUGCAAGUGAUCAGCAAUGGAGAGAGGAAUUCGAACCAUUCUACAAUGGUGAAGAUGGUGAGUUGCCAAAACUUGCAGAGCCCUCGUCAUGGUUCUCCGGUUAUGAUCGAUGCAACAUAUAAGGAUAUGUAGAGACAAAAUAGUGUAUGCUUAACUAAUAGUUUCUAUCAAAUAGCUUGUUGGUAACAAAUAGUGCCAGUCAUCUGGUUUGUAACAUUAUGAACAUUGCCAUAGUUAUUUCGAUGUAUUUUGUACUCAAAUUCAUAUUCUUUGACUAAGAAUUGAAUGAAUGGUUGUGUAUUCUUUUAUUAACUAGAC